UGAUGGAGCCUUUGCUCAUUCCCUGCUAUAUAACUUCACCGACUUUCUUAGCUUGCGUCGAAAAGGAGAUCACACUGAAAAAGUAGUUGUGUUAGAUGUCUGCGUUAUACAGCGCCCGAUAUGUUCUGAUAGGCACGAUCACUCUGCAGGGAAUGUUUAUAUGCUUUGGCAAACCAACCGCUUUUCCCACUAUUUCUGAUGGAAACGGCACCACAGCGCCUCCAUAUAAAUGCGGGCAAGUGGUGUACGUCACAUCACCAAUGGCAUCAUGUGGUUCACCUAUCCCUUUGCAGACGCACUACGGCAGCUACAGCGCAGAGCUGUUUCACAGCUUUGCGCUUUUUGGAUGUGAAAGAGAUAGCAAGGGGUGGGCGAAUGAUCAAAGUUUCAAAUACCAGUUGGUGACUAUUCGUACUGACAUUCGAAAAAUAACUAUUCGGGUUUUUCACAUCAUUACUGUUUUUCGUUCGCUAAACAAGCCAUUGGAAAUUACGAGAAGUGAGACAACGGCCAAAAUUUUCGAAGGUUCAUACCUAAAGAAUUUUGGGAAGGUGGUACCUACAUGGCAUGCAGCACAAGAAGAGCAAAGACGGCCAAACGCAGAGCCUUGUAUGAAGUCAUUCUUCUCAGUAGCCACCGGUCUCCUUGGGAAGCGUGAUGGGGGCCAGGCAACCAUCCUGUUUUAUAGCCCGUGA